AUGAACAUCAGCGUGAAAUGGAUUAUAGAACGCCCCGAUGGGAAGGCGUUCCCUGCGUCGUCGCCAUUGGUCCCAGGUGUCAGACCGCGCCGCGCCCACACGAAGUCCAGACGAGGAUGCGAUGCAUGCAAACGAAGGAGGAAGAAGUGUGACGAAUCUCUUCCAAUUUGCGGGCAAUGCCAGCACUUCAAAACUGCCUGUGAUUACCACUCCGCGACCCACUGGCGCCCGGAAAACGCAGGGGUUCUAUCAUGCGGCCGCUCGCAGUUCGCAAUGUCGCGACAGUCUGCCAGAGUCGACGUCCUUGGAGUUUUGGAGGCCGACGAGCGGCAAUUCUCGGCGGGCAAACUGCGCAUCAAGUCUAUCGAUGUCUUACAGCUCCUCGACCACUUUGUGAACGACCACUCUCCAUGGAUGGGAUCACCGGAUUACCAAAAUGUCAUACAGAAACACGGAGUCAAACUCGGAUUGGGAGCCCCGCACUUCCUGCAUGCGAUUUUGGCCUAUUCGGCAGGUCAUCUCGACUACUUGCGUUCGGACCCAAAGCUCAGGAUUACCACAGUCCACCAUUGCAGUCGACUCCUAGCUUUAUAUGCUGCGCAGAUCCCCCAUGCGAGCACCGAGAAUGUAACCCAACUGUUCGGUUCCUGCACUCUGCUCACAAUGCUGUCAUACCUGGGCGUCGCUUAUGAUAACCCGGACCCAGACUGCAAGCCAGAAGAGCACCAGUGUGAUUGGAAUGCGUUCAGAUCCUUGCAAGGCGUCCGCCUCCUGCAAGGCGUGCCCGCCCUCCGUGCUCAUCUUAGGCAGAGUGUCUGGCUACCGGUGUUGCAGGAAUCCGGACCGUGGGAGGGAGAUGACUGGGCGAGUCCUGUGGCCAGCUGUCAAGCGACGUGGUCGUCAAGAACAAUGGAAGAGCUGUGCGCAGUUUGCGGCGUAUCGCCGGACCUACGGGAUACCGACAGCCCAUACCUGGAUCCAUUGAGACGCCUGAACAGGAUUAUCCAUCAAAGAAUGGACGAAGCUAUGAUUGGCCCGCUCAUGCAAUUCGUCGCCACGCUAUCUCCGGCUUAUAUGGACGCUGCUGAGCAACUUGAUCCCAAGGCUUUCAUCAUCCUCUGUUACUGGCAUGCUCUCCUCCUCAAAGUGGGCCAGUGGUGGAUUGUUCGAACCGCAACUGGUGCUUGCCGCAGAACCUGUGCGUACCUUUGGGAGGUUGGUGGAGAUGACAUUCGACGACUGCUACAGUUUCCGGCCGCGCAGUGCGGCCUGAAUCUGGCAUCGCUAGGGUGA